GCUGUGGUGAUGAAAGCACUGGUGGGCCUCUGCACGGUGCUGUACAAAUCAUUCCCCACCUCCAUACAGCAGGACACGAAACUGCUCGCAAAACUCGACGCAGUGAGCGCCAGCAGCAGCAGCAGCGGCAGCGGCAGCAGCAGCAGCGAUGGCAGCAUGGGAGGCGGCGGCGGCGGCGGCGCCGCGGCGGAGGAGGAGCGCGAGGGGUUGCGGGCGGCGGUCGCGUACCGGCUGGUCAUGAAGCGGGGUCUGGAGGGCGCGACGCGCCGGCUGCUGCUGCGGAUGAAGGAGCUGCUGGGGUGA